UAAUCUAUUCUGAACACAUUUCUCAUCUUCCCAGACUUUUCUCCGUUCGCGACACAGAAAUGGCCCACGAGUGCAACUUCUAGUUUUACUGGCAAACAUCACAUUCCCCUCCGAUCAGGCACACCUAGAAAUUGGCGAGUCGAGAUGAGUUCCCGGCGCAAUGGGAGCUUGAGCUCCACGCUGCUUCUCAUAGCAGCCAAUCUGCUGAUCCCAGUCGCCAUUGUCAUAUUCGCAACUGGCUUCUUCCCAUAUAAGCCUCUUCUACCGGGUCUGGCUGAGUAUGGGCCAUUGGAUGGCUAUGGUGAGCCGCCGGAAGCUCCGUUUGACAAGCUGGUCUUCAUGGUAGUUGACGCACUGCGAAGGUAAAGAGAUGUCUCCAUCGCCAAUACCGCCCAUCGUCAAGUAGCCAUGUUAAUCCGGGGUUUAUAUGUAGUGAUUUUGUAUAUACUACCAA